CUCGCGAGAUCUUACUACACCGCUUUCGAAACAAGAUGAGGUAAAAACAAGAUGGCGUUUGCCUGAAGACGUUAUUGUGGUUAUUAUUCUACUGUCUUCCUAAUUAGUGCGUACAUGAACAAACCUAUGCUGUUCAGCAGAGUAAACGUUGUCAAUAAUUGAUUGUAUUUGCAUACAUUAGUCUAAGUGCACUUUACUGUUUCUCAUGCUAGCUUGGCAUGUUAGCUGCUAACAAAGACGCAGAAGUUAUCAACACAUCGCCAAGCAGGGAUCAAGUGUGAGUGUAAAGUGUUGUGAUUGUGUGAAAAUGUGCGAAAGAACUAUAGCAGAGUACGAGGAGGAACUGUUUCAAACAAAAGAGGAGAAGGAGCAACGACAUCAACUACUGGACGCCUAUUACAGGAAACAUCAUCAAGUUGUGUUACACAGAACAGCUCCAGCUUGCCUUGUACAUUGUGCCAAGCUCUCCAGCAUUUAUUUUAAACUUCACCUUUCCUUAACCGCACCCACCUGUGGACCGCAAACCUUGGAGCAACCCGUGGGACCAGGUUUUUAAUUACCUUUGUGACAGCAAAUAUCCAAAGGAUUUUGCCAUGCCUCAGAAGUCUGAGGAGAUCUUGUAAAAGCUUUACAAUCAAGGAUGGGCUGUCAAGGAAACAGAGGAGGCCUGGAAGGUAUUUCUCGAGUUCCACUCUACAUUCAGGAAGAGUAAAAACACAGCAUGCCAUUUGCUCAAGAUUUUACUGGUUUGGCAUGUGUGUGGAUAUUGACAAAUGGGUAUGUGUUUUGAAGUCAUUAUGAAUAUUAAUAACACUACAGGAGAUAGACUGAAUGCUUUACAGCAGGGGCGCUCACACUUUUUCUGCAGGCGAGCUACUUUUCAAUUGACCAAGUCGAGGAGAUCUACCUCAUUCCUAUUUAUAAUUUAUAUUUAUUUAUUUAUGAAAGAGACAUUUUUGUUAACAAGUUAAUGGUGUUUAAUGAUAUUACAAGCAUGUUUAACACACAUAGAUUCCUUUCUUUCAUGAAGACAAGAAUAUAAGUUGGUGUAUUUGAUUCUGAUGACUUGCAUUGAUUGGAAUUAGACAGUGGUGCUGAUAACGUCCGCAUUUUCAAAUGGAGGAAAAAAAAAGUCCUCCUUUCUGUCCAAUACCACAUGAAAGUGGUUGGAUUUGGCAUCUCAUUUGUCCAACUUGCAUACUCGUUUUUAAACACUUUGUUAUGAGACUAGCAUAUGUGUGUGGCCCUUUAAUGUCUGGGAGCAGGUGAGUGACGUCAGUGAGAGUGCGGGUGGGCAAGCAAGUGAGAAAGCGGUCGCUGAGGGCGGGGGAGAAAUACAUUGGCAUCAAACUCCGUAACUUGCUAGCUUGUGCACGCUAGCUUUCUGAGACUCUUAUUUUGUUAGCACAGGCAGGAUGAAACAUGUCUUUUAUGGUGAAGACAGGAACUGUGCAGUCGGUCUUUAGAGUUUUGACAGUAGGUACGGAGUCUCUAGAAAUAAAAUGUGUUUCUCUGCGUCCGCCCUGUUAGUGAUUUUUUUUUUAAAUAUGAGCUCGCAGCAGCCAGCGUCAUCUCACAAGAUCCUCGGGUGCCGAGAAUGUCAAACAACUGACGAAAGUGAAUUCUUGGUAUGAUUGAUGAUUGCUCAUUUUUAUGUAUAUUUUUUAAUGCCUGGCUUGAGAUCGACUGACACACCCUCCGAGAUCGACCAGUCGAUCGCGAUCGACGUAAUGCCCACCCCUGCUUUACAGUAUACUAUUUUGUCUUAAAUAUUACAGAACGUGACCAGUGUCAAUGCUAACACAAGUCUCUGGCAGCUGAAUUGCCCCUUCAAAAUUUAAUGGUCCAUUUCUGCCUUAAUAUCAAACCGCUUAUAACAAAUUAGUAGCUAAACCAUUUUAUGGCAGGUGUCUGCUGUCUGGGAACUGUUAGGUAUUAAUCUGACAGGACCCUUGCCCAAAACUCCUGAUGGGUACCAAUAAAUUGACAGUUGUGGACUAUUUUUCAAAGUGUGCUCAUUUAUUUAUAGACAUGGCUGCUCAAUAUAUGGUCAGAUCGAGGCUGAGAAUUUGUCAAUGAGGAUGAAAUGAGCCAAACUUCAGUGGGCCUUACAAAAUUGGGCAAAUAAAAGGUAAAAUUCAAUUCAGUAAGGGCCAUACCUAAACCAACAUGUAGUGUGGAUCACCAAAAGCCUUACAAGCAAACCAAGUCAAUGGCAGAUUCCACUCCGAGUGAACACUCACAUAAGAGGAGGCCACUGAGUGAAAAUCUGUCAGGCCUUCGGUCAUUGUGUAUGCACCCCAAAGCUAGACAUCUGUGAAGAACAUAUUCUCCCUGAGCAGCAGGAGUGGACCUCCAGGAUGGAACAAGAUAAGACACAUCCCCCCCACAUUAAAGAGGAAGCGCAGGAGCAACAGCCCCCAGAAAUUAAAGAGGAGGAGGAGUCUCGGCCACGGCACUUCAAAGAGGAAGACGAGGAACACAGCAUCCGUCAGGAGGGAGAGCAUCUUGAGAAACUGGAGGAGGUUGAUGUCACCAAGAUGGCAGUGAUUGGUGUGAUUGUGAAGUGUGAAGAUGAUGAGGUCAAAGGUGAAAGUGAGGAGAAGAGAGAGGUGGAGCAUCCAAGCAGCAGCUCAACUCAACACAUGAUAACAGAAGCUGAUAGAGACCACUUUGGAGGAUCACAAGCAAACAAGAUCUUAGCUCCACUAUCAGAUAGUGACGACACGUCGUCACACUCUCCUGACACUGAUGAUGAAGACUCUAAAGCUGAUAAGACAUGUCACACUGACAACACACCCAUGACAUGUUCUCACUGUGGCAAAACUUUUAGUCACCAUAGUGAUCUGAAAAGACACAUGAGAAUACACACUGGAGACAAGCCUUUUAUCUGUUCAGUCUGUGCUAAAGGUUUUAUACAAAAUAGUGAUUUGAAAAUACAUAUGAGAAUACACACUGGGGAAAAACCUUUUAUCUGUUCAGUAUGUGCUAAAGGUUUCGGCCUAAAACAAAAUUUGAAAGUACACAUGAGAAUACACACUGGUGAGAAACAUUUUAUUUGUUCAAUCUGUGGUAAAAGUUUCCUACAAAAUAAAUAUUUGAAUGUACAUAUGAGAUCACACACUGGAGAAAAAACAUUUAUGUGUUCAGUGUGUGGUAAAAGAUUUUCUCACAAGCAUCAUUUAAAAGUACACACAAGAGUACACACAGGAGAAACACCUUUUUCAUGCUCAAUAUGUGGUAAAGGUUGUAUACAAAGUACAGAUUUGAAAAAACACAUGAGAAUACACACUGGUGAAAAACCUUUUAUCUGUUCAGUCUGUGGUAAAGGAUUUGGCCUAAAUCAAAAUUUGAAAGUACACAUGAGAACGCACACUGGAGAAAAAACAUAAUCUUGUUCAAGCUGCAACAAAUGACCGAUCAGCACUGGUAGUGCACAUGCACACACAGGUCUAAAACCUUUUAUCUGCUCAGUCUGUGGUAAAUGUUUUAUACAACAUGGCGAUUUGAAUAGACACAAGAAGACACACAAAUGACAAAAUGUUGUGUUGCGGUGUGUGUGUGGUAAAAUAUUCUUUUAUACGGUACGUGUAAGAAACACAAAUGUGCUGGUGAGAACAGCAGCAACACAAUCUUGUAAAUAUGUUUUUAGAAUUUAUUAAUUAGAUAUCUUUUUCAGUAGAGCUUUUAUUUCAGUCAAGUUCAGCCAUAAAUACAGUACAAUGUGUACAUGAGUUUUCAAAACUGUCCCUAUUUAAAAAUAAAUAUAAACAAACACA